GGGAGGUAAUUACCACUCUCUCCAGCCCAGGCUCGUUCAUUCAGGUCGCGGAGCUCCCCUAGAUGUGCCAAAAAUGUCAGAUAUCAAAUAGAGUUUGGUUUGGCUUCAAAUGCUAUGCAAAGAAAAGGCGUACGCUUUUUCUGACGUUCCAUCUCUUAUUGCCGGCUGCUGUCCGCAGCGAUUGUAACUGUCGUGGGGUCCUUUCUCAAAGUCCGAAAGGAAAGCGCAUAAGUGACUUGAACGCCACAUUGGUGAAGCACGGCGAAAAUGGCGCGCAGCGUAUGGUACAGCUAGACGCCCUCUGAGCGUCAAGUUAUAAACUGUUUGUUGAAGAUGAAGAUGAUUCUUUUAUUUGACUGACUGCGGCGGCGAAGUGGGAUCCGAAGGCGGUCCUGCCAGAGAAAC